CGCAAUCUGUUACGUCAGAGCAAUCAGACUGGAAAAGUUUAAAGUUUUUUCAAGUCGUGAAUAAAAGGUGGGUUUUUAAUAUUAAAAUUUUCACUGAUUUUUAAAGAAAAAUUAAAUAGUAUUCAGUAGAAUAGUAGAACAGAUAAAGGAGAAUAUCUCUAUUUUUUCUUGGCGUCUGAAACGUCUUGGAUUUUACAAAAAUCCGGCAACGAAAGGACCCAUCUCAGACGCGUUCACACGUGUAGGCUGGGCAAAUGACAUUGAAUGGUGUUUGAAAUAUACAUCUGCGAAUCUCUGGGGAAUUCUCCAACCAGAGAUUUGUAAAAUACUUGAAAUUUGAUUGGCUUAUGUAGUGUUUAUUUCGUGAUAAUUGUGAUUUUUUUGAUAACCAGACAUGCACAUUCAAAUUUCUAAUAAAAUUUUCGGUUGCGAAACGCCGGGGCUUACAAAAUAUUUAGUAUUCGCUUUUUGAAUGUCAAUAUUAAUAUUUAAUUUAAUUUACAGUACACAGAAAUGAGUAUUUUGGGCAUAAAAUGAUGAGAUCUGGAAAUUGUGAUUUUAUUUUUUCAUCCAAUUUAGGGAGCAAAUAUUUUGAUUGUAUCGAGUUUCCUGAAAAAGCGAAUGUUGGAUAAUAAUUAACAGUUUACUUUAGCUUUUGUUUGUGCCCCAGGGAACAUAGUUCUCUGACAGUUAGUAUAUUGUAGCUUGGAAAUUUUACGUGUUACUGUGCUGGAGUAAUCGGUGAAUACAUACACCAUUAAAAAACUAUAUAUUGAAUUACAUGUAUAAAAGUUCUGAGUCCUAACAGGAAUUGAUGGUUAGAACGUCUCUCUGUCCAGUUAUCGGAAAGGUUACAUGAUUCGAUUCCUGUUAGGGCUCAGAAUUUUUCUUGUAUAAGGCUUGAUACACACCUACACUAAAUAUCACAUUGAAUUACAUGCCAUCAAAAACAUUUAUUAGAAUGUUACGGUUAGUAAUCCCAGGUUGAACCUGGUUUCGGUUGAACUUGACUUUGCAGUCGGUAUAAUUAUCUACCAAAAAACACAUACAGUACUGGAAAAAUCUUAUACACCUUGUACAUUCAUCCGACACUGGAUCCCAAUCCAAUACAGUAUUACGAAUGCACUAAACCCAGCAUUAUUAUGAAUGCAUUUUUUAUUUACGUUUUUGCGGACAAUAAAAUGUUUCCUGAAUCUUUCCUGCACCCUGGCCGAACCCUAACCAGCCCGCAUCCUAACUAUUCUGGCCAUCUGUAUGGGGCCAUUCCAUUUAAUAAACACACACCCCUAUGGACGAGGUCAAUAAAAUUUGAACCCCAAAGAAAAAAAGAUCAAAGUGCUGACACAAACACCCCACCAGAAAUUAAUAAAUUUUUGCCUUACCCCUCAGAAAAAAUGCAAAGAUCAAAGGAUGCCGAUGCACACAACCCUUCAGAAAUGUUUUUUUCAAACCCCCUCAGAAAUUCUCGUCCAUAGGGGGGGGGGGGGGUGCAUUAAAUGGAAUGGCCCAUGCAGGAGGAAUAACACAUACAAUGUCAUACGCCUGAAGUACCACUCCUGGAUUCGAACCGGGCAAUAGCACGUGCAAGGCAAGUGCCUUAACCACUUGACUACUGAGGAAUUGCUUGAAAUUAACUAAAAUAUAUUUGGUAUCUUCUCAGUAUGUUUAAAGAAAGAGAUAGAAACUUUUGUAACCGCUGCAAAUCUUAUAUCAACAUAAUCUUACAACCACUGCAAAUCUUACUUUAUCAGCGAUAUAUUUGGUCAUGGGUAAGGAUAAAGAAGAAAAUAUACCAGCGGGAAAUGCAGAGAAAGGUGCCAAAGUAUUUAAACAAAAAUGUGCUCAAUGUCAUACUGUAAAUAAGGUGAGCUUAUAGACAAAGAUUAACAAAUUGUAUUUGGAUAGCUCCAUCAGUUUUAAAAUGUUCUUCCCAGAGGUUUGGUAAGUGCCAUCCUGUAUUGAUACAGUGUUCCUACAGACGAAAACCAGAAUGUUUGAAAAAUACAUGAAAUGUUUGGUAGAGUCAAACUGGAAGCACUCUUUUCACAUGCAACUGAGGCAAAAUUAUAAUCAAACAACUGUAUAUUGCAACCUCGUUCUCAGGCUCUUACUCAAGAGGGAAGAGCCUCGGAACGAGGUUGCUGUAUAUUGCUGGAAUUGAACUUUAUUUCUGACGUGAAAGGCACACACACUAAAUACUGUAUUUUCUUCCUCAGGGUGGAUCACAUAAGACCGGCCCGAAUCUUUAUGGCCUCUUUGGACGUAAAACUGGUCAAGCACUAAACUUCUCAUACACUCAAGCCAAUCAAAAUAAGGGCAUAACCUGGGGAAGAGAUACGUUAUGGAUAUACUUACAAGAUCCUAAGAAAUAUAUCCCAGGUAAUGUUGAUUUUAUCGUUGGAAAACAAGAGCAUAAAUGUAAAUUAUUAAACCUUAACCUGCAAUGUGCUCUGAUGCACCCUAUUCUCUAACUCAAAACAAUUUUACUCAUCAAGGGGAGAAAGUAAAGUUGUCUGGUGUAAGGUGUUAAUUGUAUGUUUUUUAUGUAUUCAUGAUAUUUUAAAAUUUAUGUUUGCGAUGUUACUCUGAGUGCAUAUCCACACCGGGCGAGCUUGAAAAAUAUGCCCGGCCACGGUGGGAUUCGAACUUACGACCUUUGGAAUACUAGCCCAAUGCUAGCAAAUUCAUAUUACUAGAACACAUUGGUAUUGAAGGAACUAGAUACUGGUCCGAAAUAUCACUUACUCGAACCGUCCUGACCGCGUAGCUCAGUUGGAAGAGCAUUGGGCUAGUAUUCCAAAGGUCGUAGGUUCGAAUCCCACCGUGGCCGGGCAUAUUUUUCAAGCUCGCCCGGUGUGGAUAUGCACUCAGAGUAACAUCGCAAACAUAUUAUUCACUUGAGUACACAACACCAACGCAGAAAAAAAAAAUUCAUUUUAAAAUUUGUCUACAUUUAGGAACCAAAAUGGUAUUUGCUGGUAUAAAAAAGAAGGCAGAACGUGCAGGUAAGGAUUGAAUUACUGGGUUAUUCUAACUCCUUGUACAAGCGAAACAAACUAUGUAUUGUGUAUAUCCCUGUCCCUGCCGUGAUUGGGACCCUUUUUAAGUUCCGAGGCUCAGCAAGCAUUCCCCUUAGGACCAGAGAUAGCUUAAUGCUUUACCAUGCGGAUUUUAUCCUGUGUUUACACAAGACUUUUGAGGCAGACUGGUCGCCAAAAUAAACCACUGGUCUCACCACUAUAAAUAGUAUAAUAACUAGAAUACAUUUUCUCACAAACCUGAAAUUUACCCUUACACGAGCAACUUUCACGGUUCUAAUCCACAGAAUCGUUGGAUGCCAAACUCGGCUACCCGAGCUGGCUCACUCCAUCUAAACAACAGCUCUUAGAACCUCUCUGACGACAAAUUUAUUUUCCAGAUUUAAUUGCGUACUUGGAAAAAGAAACUACUAUACCAGCAAAUUAACAAGCAUUGAUUGUGUGCUGAAAUCUUCAAAAUAACUACCGAACUAACUUAAGCCUAGUGCAAGUAAUAUUGGUUAAGUAAAGACAUUAUUUUUUAAUUAAACUAUUUACAGUAUUAGAAAUUUUAUUUCUAAGUGUUUAAAAAUUGUCACAAUAAAUUUUCUCUUUUGCACUUAACCAAAACAUUUUCAUUGUGUGUAAUAACUUUGCUGGCAAAAUAUAUGAAUAAAGAUUAUCGCUUUAUAAAGUUUGUGAUUUUGUUUUUAUUUUAAAGUGUUUGCAGCUAGUGGCAAAGUACAAUUAGCUAUCAUUCAAGUGCUCUUAGAAAUUGUUGCUGUGGCAGUUCCCCUCCACAACCGGCAGGUGUUACAAGUUCAACAUGAACACACACAAUAACUGUAAAAAAUCACCUUUAUUCAAUUUCUCUAUCACUAAAAUAUUCACCAUUAAUAAUAUAUAAUUUCACAAUCAACUAUUUGGCUAUAAAAAGAUAUUGAUUUUGUCAUAAUUAAAUUGAAUUCUUCAUUUAUAAUACGAACAAUAAAGUAAACAUCUUCUAUUUUCCCACAGCAAAUAUUUUCCAAAUUUGCGAUGUAUAAUCUAUUCACAUCUAAUGAUUACAUCUGGUUGGCUAUUCUGGACCAACCUGUAAAACAAAA